AUGAAGCUCCCCGUCGACACCAAGGCGCUCCGCGUGCUCUUCGCGGAGGCCGGCAAGGACGUGGUGCCCGAACUCUGCAACACAACCAUCCAUGAUGCCCGGCCAUCCACCUCAUCGCGCCUCCGCCCCGGGAAGAGGAGGAUGAGUCCACCGCGACCUUGGGCCGCCGCAACGUACCAACCUCAGAACACUGGCGAGGUCCCCGGCACCGCCCGCAGCCUAGGCGGCCAGAUCCGACCGAGCCAAAGAAACGAUGGGCUGGUACGACUGUUGCUAUCCAAAGGAGCUAGUGCUGAUAUAUCCUCUUGUGAAGGGACGCCACUACACGUGGCUGUGUCGGAUGGGAAUUAUGGCAUCGUCCAGUCUUUAUUGCAGCAUGAUGCAGAUCCAAACAGGGUUUUUUCAGAUUUAGGAACACCCAUGACUGCUGCAGUUCUUUGUGCUGAUGUUAUUUCUGUCGCUGGAAAAAUUUCUGUGUCUGCUGCUUUGAAGUGCAUGAAGCUACUUGUCAAGGCUGGUGCUGGUUUGAACUGUACAACUCCUGAUACUCCAUUGGUGAUAGCAACCAGCAAAGACUUAACUGAAUGUGUCCAGUACUUGUUGGAGGUCGGUGCAGAUGCCAAUAUUCCAAGCAACUAUAACGGUACGACACCAAUAGAAAUUGCUGCAGACUCUGGAAGAAGAGAGCUCGUGGAGAUUCUAUUUCCAUACACUAAACCCAUUCAACGUGUGUCAAACUGGAGUGUUGAUGGAAUCAUUACUCACGCAAAGCACUUGAAGGAAAAGGGUAAGCAAUGCGAUAAGGCCAGCAAGGUUAAGCAAAGUGAUAAGGCCAGCAAGGUUAAGCGGAAAGAGGAUGCCAGUGCACGGAAGUCCUCUUCCGAGGAGAAGGUAGUUCAAGAUAAGAAGGCUGAGCUGAAAUCACUUGGUGCAAAAGCAGUAGAGGAAAAGGACUAUGCCGGUGCAUCAGAAUUCUACAGCGAGGCAAUCAAAGUGGAUCCUAAAGACGCGACGCUCUAUUCAAACAGGAGCCUAUGCCAUCUAAGGAUUGGUGAAGCACAUGAUGCUCUGGUGGAUGCUGAUGCUUGCAUCAGGCUGCGGCCUGAUUGGCCAAAGGGUUACUGCCGGAAAGGAGCUGCCUUAACAGCGCUCAAGGACCACAAGGAAGCAUGCGAUGCGUACAUGGCUGCGGUGAAACUGGAUCCAUCAAAUGAGGAGUUGCAUGAAGCAUUUUGGGAGGCGGUUGCGGCAAUGAAGGCGGAACUUGGCGCUGGGCAAAGCGGCAGCUCAUCCGACUCUGAUUAGGGAUGGGCGUGCUCAGUGUCUCCCUUCCAGGCUUCUCAUUGCGUGCUUGUUACGUCUGGCCAAACUGCUGAUCUCUUUUUUGUCUUAGCCAUAUGGCGAAGUCGUGCUCAGUUCCUUAGAAAUGCCGCGCUGUUGCUAUGCGAGCGCUUUGAAUUAGUACGGUGCUUUGACGAUCUGUUUGGAGCAUGGAUGGUACUGUAUUUUGCUAGACUCUGGUGAUGGAUGCUUUGGAAUGAACUUGUUUUA